AUGUAUACAACCCUCCCUCUAUCUUUCAUUUUCUGUCUCUCACUAUCUAUCUAUCUAUCUAUCUAUCUAUCUAUGUAUUUCUUUUAUCAUAUGGGAUUAUCUUUUCCUCAUGAGCUGUCUUCCAUUUCUUUCUACCCAUUUUUCUUAGAGUUUUUCUUUCUUUCUUUCUCUUUUUACGUUUCUUUCUUUCUUUCUUUUAUUUAUAACUUUUCCACAUUUACCCCUUCUUCUAUCUAUCUAUCUAUCUAUCUAUCUAUCUAUCUAUCUAUCUAUCUAACCCUGUUAAUAUCUAUCUAUCUAUCUAUCUAUCUAUCUAUCAUAAAUGCAUUUGUAUUAGACAAAAAAUGUUUACUUAGCCACAUUUACCCCUUCUUCUAUCUAAUCUGGUUAAUAUCUAUCUAUCUAUCUAUCUAUCUAUCUAUCUAUCUAUCUAUCUCUGUUAAUAUCUAUCUAUCUAUCUAUCUAUCUAACCCUGUUAAUAUCUAUCUAUCUAUCUAUCUAUCUAACCCUGUUCUAUCUAUCUAUCUAUCUAUCUAUCUAUCUAUCUAUCUAUCUAUCAUAAAUGCAUUUGUAUUAGACAACAAAUGUUUAUUUAGCCACAUUUACCCAUUCUUCUAUCUAAUCUGGUUAAUAUCUAUCUAUCUAUCUAUCUAUCUAUCUAUCUAUCUAUCUAUCUAA